UGUGGUAUAUUUAUGACCGCGGCGGCGAUUUCCGGUAGCCGAUACGAGCCACUUCUCAGUCGGUGCCUCUCCUCCCCUGAGCAGUGAAUAUCCUCCUCCUCCUCCUUCUCUUCCUUCUUCCCUUCCUUCUCCUCCUCCUCCUCCCCCGCUCCCCCCCCCCCUUCAUUUCCAGCCGCCGUCGCGGCUGCCUCCGCCGCCGUCUGUGCCCCCAGCGCCCCGGAGCCGCCCCAGCUCAGGAUCCAGAGGCAGACGCUGAGCCUGGGAGCCCAGGCUGGGGCAGCGGGGCCGGCCACUGGGUCCCAGCCGAGGUGGAGGGGGGAGGAGGUGGAGGAGAGGCUGCUCACCCAUCCUUCUCUCCCUCCCUCUCUCCUCUUCCCUCUCUCCCCCCAAAGACCUCUCUCCUUUCCUGUCUCUCUCCCUCUGUCUCUUAUACGCACACGCACGCAAACAGAACCCACAUCCCUGUCCCUUCACGUUCAACCCCGCGGUCCCAGGGUUUCCUCCAGCGCCCCCCCGCUCCGGCCAUCCUCCCUCCCUCCCUUUGGCCCCACACCCCCAUCCUGCAUUCCUAUGGACAAACACCUGCAGGAGGGCCGCCUGUUCUGGUUAUCCAGUCCUAGGUUAUGGAGCCAGAGUAAGCCGUGUAACCCACCGUAUGCUCUUUGGCUUAUCAAGAAAAGAGUCACUUGGUGAGACUCCCUACAACUGCUGUUCUAGCUUUUAAAAUACUCACAGUCUUCUGAUGAUGCUGUCUCCAAAGAAUUGAAAUUUAGCAUACCUAGAAGGCGAAGGUGGAGAUGAGCAAAUUAUAACAUAUUUGAGGAGAGAAGCUGCUGAUCCUGUAACAUGGAGGAUUGCCUUCAUACCUCAUCAGAAAAUCUUUCAAAACUGGUCAGCUGGGCCCAUAGUCAUGGGACCAUUUGUAGCCUCAUUCCAAAUCUGAAACACUUGCUUUCUGAAGGUUCCCAUGGCAACCUGACCGCCAUGUGGGGCUGCAGCGCGGGUCACGCUUAUCACUGGCCCCUGACCGCCACGUGCAGGGCUGGCUCCCAGGAGAGGGUCUGUUUCCAGGACAACAGGAGUUUCAAUUCGGACAGUCCCAGCAUCAUCGGCGUGCCCUCCGAGACACAGACCAGCCCCGUGGAGCGGUACCCGGGGAGGCCGGGGAAGGCGAAGCUGGACUGUAACAGGACCCGGGACUCGUGCGACUUCUCGUACUGCAGCGAGCCUUCGGAACUGGACGAAGCGGUGGAGGAAUACGAAGACGAAGCCACCCUGUUUGACAUGGUCUGUGAGUCUUCGGUGACCGACGAGGACAGCGACUUUGAGCACCAGCCCCAAAGAGCCCAAAGCCUCGCCCGGAAAAGAGCCGGCCUCUGCCCGUCGGCGGUUCUUUCGAGCACCCAAGCGCAGGUCAUCGACGAAAGCAGCAGCGACGUCAUCAUCAAGAAAAUCAAGCAGGAGAUCCCCGAAGACUAUUACAUUGUGGCGAACGCCGAGCUGACGGGAGGGGUGGACGGCCCCACACUCUCGCUCACGCAGAUGGCGAAGCCCAAAGCGCAGGCUCACGCCGGCCCCUCUUACGCCGGGCCGGCCAAGCCGGCGCCCCACUUAGCCCCCGGCCUCGGCACAGAGCUGGACCUCCAAAGCGUCUCCGCCUCUCCGCCCAUCCUCUCCAGACAGGCGGUCCAGAAGCCCAUCAAGGUCUCCCUGGCCUCGCCCAACCGAGGCCUGUCCGGCAGCCACGGGGCCGGCCAGCAGGUGGCCAUCCAGAUGCCCGUGAGCACGUCCACGUCUAACAAACAGAUCAGCAUUCCUCUGUCUGCCCUGCAGAUCCCAGGCCAGGAGGAGCAGGCGGCUUCCGACGAGCUGCUCCCGCCUCUCCCCAACCAGGUCCCGUCCUGCGAGGUCGCCCUGUCGCCCCCGCUCAGCACGGAGCCGGAAGUGAGCUCGAGCCAGCAGCAGCCCCUGGCCCUCCCCACCAUCGCCACGGAAGCCAGCGCCCAAACCGUACCAGACCAGGAUGAAAAAGCAACUGAUCUCAGCAGGGAACAGAACGAAAAGACUAUCCGAAGUACUCAGACGGCUCUCCGCAAUUUCCGGGAGUUCCUCAUCUCCAAAUAUCCUUCCGAAACGAGGGAAAUUUAUGUCAUCCCUUGCAAGGAACUGGACGACUACCUUGCCUCCUUCUUUGUCGAUGCCAGGCAGAAAGAUGGCUCCGAGUACGAGCCCAACAGCUUGGCUAAUUACCAGUGCGGGCUGGAGAGGUACCUCAAAGAACACCGGUACGGCUACAGCAUCACGAGGGAUAAGGAGUUCAAGCGGUCCCAGGAAGCCCUGAAGCAGAAGCAGAUCGAGCUGCGGUGCAAGGGCAAAGGGAACAAGCCGCAUAAGUCCAUGAAGCUCACCUUCGCCGACGAGCUCAUCCUACGCAAAAGGGGAUUGCUGAGCCGCUACAACCCCGAAGGGCUGCUCAACCUCGUCUGGCUCAACAACACGAAAGCUUUUGGACAUUGUACGGGCUUCCACGGAUCCACGUUGAAGUGGGGCGAUAUCCGGCUCCGGGUGACCGAGACCGGCCUCGAGUAUCUGGAGUGGAUGGGCCAGGACACCGGUGACCUGAACACCAAAACCAAGAGAGGAGGAACCGAUUCCAGAGUGUUCGCCACCCAGCACGCGCCCCAGACCUGCCCGGUGCAGGACUACAAAGAGUACGCCCAGCGGCGGCCCCCGGCCAUGCGCUACGAGGACGCCCCCUUCUAUCUGUCCAUCAAGCCUGUGGUCAACCUGGCUGCGCUCCACUGGUACAACUGCCAGGCGCUGGGCAAGAAUAAGCUGGCCAAGAUGGUGAAAACGAUGUGCGAGAAAGGCAACAUCCCCGGCAGGAAGACCAACUUCAGCGUGUACCAGAGCUGCAGCACUCUCUCGGAAGCACAGAGCAACCAGCUGGUGCUGAUCUGUAACAAUUUAAGCCAGCAGGCUGCCCAGUCCAUGGCUAGCCAUUCCAGCAGCGGCAAUUUCAUAGUCUCUGCCUCGUACGAUUCUUCCUCAGACACCACUUGACCGCUUCAGGGGCUUUCAGUGGGACCAUUUUGAGAGUUCAGACUUGAUUUUUUUGUGCCCAAUAACACACAUCAACUGUGAUUUGUCCAUGACUCCCCCUUCCCAUCCCUUCGUCCCAAGUGUUAACUAAACUUUAUAAAAAUAUAAAUAUAUAAUAUAUUUUUUUUCUUUUUACAAAUAAUUCAAUAGAGAUAGUUUAGUAUUACUAACAUAGUAUUUAUAGGUUAGGACAAAAUGAAAACUACUUAUGGGUGAGUUAUUAAAACGGUAGAUUUUACACAUGCAAAGUAUAUUCAGACACCACAAGAUAGAAAUGGAAUUCCAUUUUUUGGGAAAAUUUCCUACUGGAACUAGUGGGUCUCCCCACAAGGGCUGACGUCUCCAUUCACUUAAUCGAUGAUUUUCUUAUCUUUUAAAUUUAUAUCCUAACCAGGAGGAGACAACAGUGUCUCUUGAGUGUUUUUAUUACACUUGUUUGUACUCAGUCACAUCCAGAAAAGGAAAAGGUGUUCAUAUAAACUUGAAACAGCCCAAGUAUUUUCAUCCUUUUCUUUCUUUUUAGUCUAUUCAGAAUUUUGACUCCUAUGCCCUAUAGGAAAAUCCAGUAUUUUUUAACUAGCACCUCUUCUUUUUCUGUGAUAAAGAGAUUUAUUUUGGAAUACUUAGUAUUGCUUUCAACAAUAUGCAAAGAUGUCAUGACAAAAAGACUGUUAAUACAACUAAUUUUUACUGUUGUAAAGUGAGUGUUUUUUUGUUUUUUCCAGUGGCAGGUCUUUCUGACCUGUGAGAAAGUGGCAUCAAUUGCCCUAGAAUUAGCUUUUUUUCUAGGUAACAAAACUAUCGAGACUCAGAAAAUUCUCCAUAAAUAAUCACAAUGUGUGCAGAUCACAAUGGAGGGUGGUCGAAGGGGAAGGGUUCUGUUUAAAGUCUAGAACGACUAACAUGGGCAAUAAGAUAUCCUCUUGCAAGUCAAAAUCCUCAACAGCUCCCCACAACCACUACCCAGUUAUGCUCGGCAAUGGUUGCUUUGAUUUUUGGACCCCUUUACCUGACCACCUUGUUGAAAUAGAAGGAUGACUGACAGCUAAAAUUUUACAGGUUGUAUCAUUUUUUAUUAACAGACUUAUUUGAAUUUAAAGCAGCUUCUUAAAUAAAUUUCUUCCAUCUUAAAUGUGAGAGCAUUCUUUAUCGAGAGUAGCUUGUGAAUGUAGAAGGACAAAUUCCAACUGAACAAGAACAUAAACUGUUCCUUCUUAGCUUUCCAAGGAUUACACAUUUUGACUUUUGAAAUCUGUGAUUAGACCAAAUCAGAGUAUUUGAGAUACUUUAAAGUCAAAUAAACAUAGGGAAAUCCCAACCCAGAGUAGCAUUUAAAAAAAAUGAGAAACCAAAAAUACGGAGCCAUUUUUCUCAGUAUGACACUGUAGCUUAGAGAUGUAGCAACAUUUUAGAUCCAAAGCUAGCUUGCCUUGACAGCUGUCCUAGGCAUUUCCCUAGUGGGGGGAUGUUUCUUCUUCACGGCAGCCUUAUAACUGACAUCAGUUAUAUAGAGCUUAUCGGUAUUUUCUGUAUGCAUUUAGUGUAAUUCCAGGGACAAGUGUCCUUCUUGGUGUUGCUUUCCUUUAUGUUACUAAGCCAGAAUUGAUCACAGGAAUUAAGGACUCUUGUGGCAGGUGCCCCUUUUUGUUUUCCUUUAGAGCUAUAACUCAUAGACAUGCCUUAUGUGGGAUCAUGCCCUUCCUGGCAAGCAGAUAGAAUGGCAAGUCUGGCAUUGGCAUUGGGGGUGCAGACUCCCCCCCCCUUUUUUUUUGGAAUGGCAUUUUUAAGGAGGGUUGAAAAGAAGGGAAGAAGACUUUGAGGAGAUCAGCUUUGGUUUUAAAUACAGAACUCUGCCAUAUUGUACUGUAUUAUUCUGUGUAUAUAUACCUUCCAGUGUUUGGGGACAGAGAAUGGGAUCAAACUCAGCAGAGACAGCAGAGUAGUUAUAUUAAACCUCUAAGGAAAGGCUGAGGAUUAACAGUAAUGACAGAUAAUUUUUAAUGUUAUCCCCAGCUUCCUCUUAGCCAUGAGUAUUUCUAUCCAUCCUGAACCACGGUUUCCCUCUUCUGAUUAUUUUCACCAAACUCUUCUGUUCUAUUUUUCCUCAGUGUCAUGCUUAAGGGCUUCCUUUUCCUUUUUUUUUAAUUGCUUCUUUUUUAUUUUUUUAUUUAGAAUAUAUUUCCAUGGUUACAUGAUUCAUGACUCUACACCCCACCCCCCAAUCCCUCCCCACUCCUGGAACUGACAAGCAGUUACUCCACUGAGUUAUACACGUAUCAUUGUUCAAAACCUAUCUCCAUAUUAUUCAUAUUUGCAAUAGAGUGGUUUUUAUAACACCCAAACUCCAAUAAUAUUCCCAUGGAACCACAUGAUCAAUCAUAUAUUUUUCUUCUGCUUUUCUGCUCCCACAGUUCUUUCUCUGGAUGUGGAUAGAUUCUUUCUCAUAAGUUCCUCUGAAUUGUUCUGGGUAAUUGCAUUGCUGCUAGUAGAAAAGUCUAUUCCAUUAGAUUGUGCCACAGUGUAUCAGUCUUUGUGUACAAUCAAUGUUCUCCUGGUUCUGCUCCUUUCACUCUGCAUCAGUUCCUGGAGGUUGUUCCAGUUCACAUGGAAUUCCUCCAGUUCAUUAUUCCUUUCAGCACAAUAAUAUUCCAUCACCAUCAGAUACAACAAUUUGUUCAGCCAUUCCCCAAUCAAGGGACACCCCCUCAUUUUCUAAUUUUUUGCCACCACAAAGAGAGCAGCUAUGGCUAUUUUGUGCACAUAUUUUUCCUUAUUGUCUCUUUGGUAUAUGAACCCAGAAGUGCUAUGGCUGGAUCAAAAGGCAGGCAUUCUUUUAAAGCCCUUUGCAAUUCCAAAUUGCCUUCCAGAAUGGUUAGACCAAUUUACAACUCCACCAGCAAUGCAUUAGUGUCCCAAUUUUGCCACAUCCCCUCCAUUAUUUAUUAUUUUCCUUUGCUGCCAUAUUGGCCAGUCUGCUGGGUGUGAGGUGAUACCUCAGAGUUGUUUUUAUUUGUAUUUCUCUAAUCAAGAGGGAUUUAGAACACUUUUUCAUGUGCUUAUUGAUAGCUUUGAUUUCCUCAUGUGAAAACUGCCUGUUCAUGUCCCUUGAUCAUUUGUCAACUGGGGAAUGGCUUGAUUUUUUGUAAAUUUUCCUUUUCCUUUAGAAUGUUCCAUAGGUGCCUUUUGUUUUUAUUUCACGAUCAUUUGUGGAUAUCUCCCUCCAAGACCCACUCCUCAUCCCUGGAAAAUGAACCAUUUCUCAUAAUAAAAAAAAUUAUACAAAAAAACUGAUUAAGUGAUCAUAUCUGAAAAUUUAUGCAACAUUCUACACUCAGAGUCCCCUACAUAUUUGCCCAGAGCAAGAAGAUAUAUUUCUUUGUGUAUUUUCCAGAAACAUUGUUGGCUUUUUUACUUAUUCAAAGUUCAACUUCCUUUUAGUGAUCUUUUUAUUUACAUUGUUGCAAUCAUUGUGUAUAUUGUUCUUGUCCUGCUUAUUUCAUUCUGCAUUAGUUCAUACAAAUCUUCUCAUUGUUCUCCUAAUUCCUAAUAUUUGUCAUUUCUUACUACACAAUAAUAUUUCUCUGCAUUCAUAAAUUACAAUUUGUUCAAGGCUGACCCAUUAUAAUGGGUUACUUUUCAAAUAAAAGGAAAUUCUUCUAUGAAAGCACUUAAAAACUCAUAAUUGUGGAUUUAUAUGCAUGUUCACAGCGUUGAUUUGGCAUUAACAUCCUAUGUGGGUUCAUGUUGUGGUUUUUGUGGCAUGUUAUGUUUGUCCUGAUAAAUAAAUAAAUCUUGCAGAUGACAAGCAAACCCAAAUGAUUGCAAGAAAAGUUCUAUUUAUGAUGUUUAUUGACAUGGUGGAUGAACCAAACAAAAACAUUCCAUCCUGGUUAAUUGUGAUAUUAUAAAUUUAUUCAGUUGCAUCAAAACUUCCAUUUAAAGCAUCACUUUUUUAAUGUAAGAGGAAUAUGAAGACUCCUUCAAAACAUAUUAAUGAAACCACUCUAAAUAGGAACACUGCUAUCUUGAAUAAAAAGUUUCCUUUUUUAGUAAAGGAGUUGGAAAGAACACAGUUUAAUUUUAAGUUGUUCAGGCUGGAGUAGGGUUCUUAUUUCCUAUUACCUUGAGGUUUCUAGCCUAAAUAAUACUGUGGAAGAGAAUCUUUAUAUUGCUGAAAUUUAUAUUUCUGAAAGAUACAGUUCAGAAUAGUUGUAAUUUAAAUCAUUUUUAAAAAACUCUGUUUGUUCCAAAACAGAGAUAUGGUCAACAACCAUAUACACUUUAGCCAACUAAGUCAGAUUCAUCAUAUAAGAGGUUUUUUGGGGUGGUAUAUUUGCCACUCACUCUACCGUCCAACUUUCUUAAAGCCGAUUUAAAGAAGAUUCACAUCAAACCAAAUACUUUUUUAUCCUCUCUGUUCUAAAAAAAAGGUAGUAUAAGAGACUGGCAUGUGUUCCCUCCAGAAGGGAAUUCCUCCACUGAUAUCUUCCCUGAUCUUUUAUUUCGAAGGUUAUUCCCCCCAUAAUGAAACAGGCUUUCUGUAAUAGCAUGAGAUAUGGUGAUCACAACUAAAUUACAACAGACAAUCCCAUAAUACAAACAAUGCCCCCCAAAGCUGCAUGUUUGUAAAUUUCACGUUCUUGGUUCAAAUAGUAAAGAAUUGUACUGUGUCCACUCACAUGAGUGUUAUUUCUACAUUGGCACAAACAGAGGGACCUGCUUUUAUUUGACAAUAUCACAUUCUGUAUACACAUCUGCAAGUACUGGAAUGUAAUAUCCAUAUGUUUAAUUCAUAUACUUUCAUCUUAUGUUUAUUUGAAGGACUUCAUGUUGAAAGACUUGAGCACAUGGAUUCCAGCGUGUAGAUUUUAGGAAAACCAUAACAUUUGGGAAUGAGAGAAAGGAUGUUUUAUGGUCUGUGUAUGUCCUGAGAAAUCUCCAACUAUAUAAUUUGGUCCUUUGACUCCCUAUUUAGGCUUCAGAUUGUAUUUCUCAUGCUAACUCAUGAUAUGACUUUGAAAACAAUUUAAUUUGACAAAGCACACUAAAUUAAUGUUGAAUAUUUUGGGGACUCAAAUUUUUCUUCAUGCAAAUAACCAAGGUCUAAGAACUAUUGGAAAUGGAUUGUUAUUUUGACAUUGAAGGGGUUUCCUAGCAUUUAAAAUUGUUUAAAAAUGGAAUAGAUCACCUCCCAAGUAGAGGCUAGAUGAUCAGGGAAAUUCUAAAAUGGAUUCCUUACUAACUGGACUUUUAAGAUCUCUUCCAACACUUAAGAUUUUCUCUGAUUCUAUAAAAUAUAGAACAGCCUUUGGUAAUCACAUUAAAAGGCACAGGAUACAGUGGUUUAUCUAAAAUACUGAUAAUUUAUGUAUUGUUAUGAAUGAACUGUAUUCUAUAUUGUUGCCUUAAUGAGAUGUAUAAAAUCAUAUCUGGGAUAGACUCACAAAAAUAGCAUUUGUGACUAUAAAAUAGUUAAGAUUUGUGUUACCUUUCUUUGACUAUUUUUUAAUGGGCCCUUUUUAUAUAGAUUUAUUUUUAUAUUUUUCUCCACUAUUUUGAUUAACAUAUGGAGAAUUCUCUGAAGGAGUAUCCAUGUGAAAAAUUACAUUUGACAUCACAACAAGGUCCUGCUUCAGGCAUCCGUAUUUACCUUCCUUUAACAUGAAGAAAGGUGAUGAUUUUUCCUCCCAUACGCCAGGUAUCCAAAUAAUUCUUGAAGUAAAGUACUAUUCCAUUACUGUGUGUGUUGACGGUGUGCUUACUCUACUCAUUACCAAAUGAUGUCAGUGUCAAGUUGAAUUCACAUUCAGCUGUUACUUCCCCCCAGGUCAAAGUUGUUCAAAAGACCAAUAGUGAAGGAUGAUUGAGAUGUUGUGGGAAAGCAUUUAAGCCCAUUACCCCACACACAACUAGUGUUUCAGAUGCCAGAAAAUUAAAGAAAAGUAAUCUUCUCUUUAUAAUAUCUUUCCUGUGGGGCUGAGUUUGGCAGAGAAACAGUGGUACAUCCAACUUUCGGUGAGAAAUUCUAUUUUUUUCAGCAUCCUCUGGCACAAAAAUAAAUCUCAUUUAAUGCUGCAUUAUCCAUUUUCCCAUGGAAAAGGGGCAUCCUUUACCAUACUUUACCCAUUCAUUCCUGCCAGUUUCUUGAUAAUGAGGAAUGACAAAGCUUCCAGUUUUGCAAUGAUUCAGUUGUGUGAGCCAGAAGUAUCCUAAUUCCAAUGCUUGUGAAUUAUAUUAGACCUAUUUAGAGGAGAUUACCAUUUGGGGCUAGUUUUCUUGAUAUUACUGUGUAGUCUACUUAAGAGAAGUCUGAUGAAAUUGUAGCAAAGAUCAGGUCAGUUAUAUUUUCAGGAAAUUAAGUGUUAGCCAAAAUUCUGAUAAACUAUUCUGACAUAGACUGUAAUAUUACUUAGCCUAUAGAUGUAGUGCAAUGAAAUUACUUAUUGAGAUGAAGUUUUUUUCCCCCUUCAUUUUUUUUAAUCAGGAGAGGGUUCAAAUAUGUUUUUGUUGACCCAGCUUUACUCAAUGGCAUUUUGUCUGCAAUAUAUAUCUUCUCUCUUCUUUUUUUAAAACCCUUUCUUUCUGUCAUAGUAACAAUUCCAAGACAGAAGGCAUUUUUUUAAGGGGGAGAGGGUUACACCAUUAAAAGUGUCUGAGGUCACAUUUGAACCCAAGUCCAGGCUUGACUCUAUAUCUACUGAUCUGCCCCCAAUAUAUAUCUUCGUAAAUAAUUUCUACAGUCAAUGAGACAUUAAGUGAUUUGUCUUUGGUCACAUGGCUGUUAAGUAUCAGAGGCAUCAAAGACAAGAAUAUUAACUCGCAUGUAUAUUUAUAUGCUUUAAGGCUUUUGUAAAACUCUUUAUCUCAUUUCAUCUGCACACCAUCCCCAGAGGGUAGGCACUCUUCUAAUCCCCAUUUUACAGAUGAAGAAACUAAGGCAUACAAAUCAAGUAUUUUGCCCAGUGUCAGAGCUGGUAAGUGUCUGAGAUCUCAUUCAAAUUCAGGUCUUCCUAAUGCCAGACCCAGGAUCUAUUCAUUGUGCCACUUUUAGCUGCCUCUCCUCUCUCUCCCAUGCUGCUUCUCCAAGAUCAAGUUACAAAAUCAAAUUAAAUCAGCAAAAUCUUCAUUGAACAUUGUUCGACUCAGUGAGGUAUUCAAAGAAGAAAGACUAAGACUGCCCUGCCCUCAAAGAGUUACUAUAGUUCGUUUAUAUUUGAGAGAAUAAUGUAAAACAGCAUAUGCCAAAACAAAAUGUUUUAUCUAAUUUGACAUUGUUUAUGCACAUUAACUCAUUAAAAAUGCAUUGUAUAAAUUGUUCAUUUGCAGAAGACACUAUGAUACCACUGCCUAAGCCAGGAGUUUGGCCUCCUUUUACUCUUCUUCCAAUGAAUAAGUCACACACAUAAUAAGCAAACUAGGAAAUACAUAAUUAGACUACUUGCUGGGGGGGGGGGGGGAGAGGAUCUUAUUAUUUCUCUAAUAUCUAGAAAUUGUACCACCGCCUUCUCUUUUAUGUGUGUAUAUCCAUCACACCCUUACAAUAUACAAAUAUUGCUAUUCUUUCCUGAAAGUGGAUUGCUAGGAGAUCAGUGGACCAGGCAAGAGAGAACAGUCAAAUUUCUAAUGUCACCAUUAGAAAGAGGUCACCAAAAUAGUAAAAUUAGAAACAUUUUUUUAGCUCUAGCUUUCAGUCUUAGGAAUAACUCUAAGACAAAAGGGCAAGAGCUAGACAAAUGGGGUUAAGUGACUUGCCCAGGGUGAUACAGCUAGGAAGUGAACCCAAAGGCUCCCAACUCCAGUCCUGGUGCUCUAUCUACUGAGCUAAUGAGGACUGCCCACUACCUCCUGUUUUGGGGGGAAGCGUUCUUUAAAUUGAUGUAGAGACUAGAUAAUUAAUGCCUUAAUUCCAGAUCUGACACCUUCAGAUGAUUUGUCUAGUUUGUUAGCAAACCAAAGUUGCUGUAAUUUUAUACUCCAGUAAUGGAGAAGCUUUUGAAAGAAAUGAAAGAACUUAACAUGGGAAUAAAAGAAGCUGGGGAAGGAGAAAGGGAGGUACCACUAUCAGAAAUCAUGAUGGUACUUUCCAAGUCCUUGGGACAGAUACAUUAGUUUACCAAUUAGUAGACCAAACUGCCCCCUCACUCACUUUUUUGAGCCAGUGCUUCCAUGUUUUGUUUGAAGCAAUGUAACCAGAAAGAUCAUGGAGUAAAUAUCGACCUAGAACUGCAAGGGACCUUAGAGACCAACUAGACCAUGUCCUUCCUAUCACAGAUGAAGAAACAGAGGUCAAGAAGUUAGAUGACCAGCCCAAGGUCUCAUAGAUGACCAGAUAAGAUUCAAACCUCUCACUCCAAAUCUAGUACUGUUUUUACCAUACCAUACUGCUUCUCUGGAGGAAAGGAGAUUUUGUGGUACCCAGGCACUUUUUAAGGAGGACUUAACUUAUGUACACAUGCAAAUACUCCUCUGUGUAUCACUAUCUUUGCAUAGAAAUAGCCCUAUAGAGCAUCCCAAAAGUCUCAGGGCAGCUUUAACUUCUUAAAACUUCUCUAAGACUGUUGGGACACCUUGUAUAUAUAUUUUUGAUUUGUUGUUUGUUUUUUCUUUACUCUCAAGUGAGCCUAAAAUUCAAUUUCAAUGAAUUAACUAAAACUUAAGUCUAAGAUUCUUGUGUUGGAUGAGAAUUUUUGCUUAAUGCUUUUCCUGAAGGAGACCUAAAUUCCCUUUAAAAACAAUUAACAACCAAACAAAACCAGAUGCUUAUUUAUUUCUUGCAAAUUCGCCUCAACUGUUAAACGUUUCAUUUUGUCCCUGAUUGAAAAAGAUGACCUUCCUUACAAAAGAGGAACUUUGUAGUCAUGACUGAUUCCAUGUGAGGGGGGGUGAGGUCUGGUUGGCCACCAUCUUGGCCCUCAAACUUUCUUCUUAAGGGUACUCUCUCUUGCUUUGUUCCUGUGUAGGUCUUUGAAGGAUGAGAUCUGAUCUCUCUGGUUAAAAAAAAAAAGAAAGAAAAUUUGUCUUAUUCUUUGUCAGAUGAAAUGCAAAUAAUUUCUAGUGUGUAGAGAAGGGUUACUUCUCAUACUCCUCGCAUGUUGAUAUUGUUCCCUAGCCAGGUGAAUAUGAAUAAUAAAUAUCAGGUUUCAUGGGCUGCUUGAUUUCGAUCUCAUAAUGUUUCAUGACAAAAAUUCCAAGACAAUUUGCCAAAAGGCCCCAUAAUAUCUCACCUUUGCAAAGAGAGAACCUAACCAGGGUGUGUUGUUACCUUUGACAUAGGAUGUUAUUUUUUAAAUUUAUGUUUAAUUUUAGCUUCAAAUUCUCUCUCCACCCAUUGAGAAGGCAAGAAAUAAAAUGCCCAUUAUACACAUGAAGUUACAUCUAACAUUUCUACAUUAGCCAUGUGGUAAAGGAAAAAGCAAGAAAGAUACAGUGAAAAGUGAGAAUUAAAAAAAAUUAAUAACUGCUAUCCAUAAAGAAAAGAAGGGAAAAUGCUUUCUUUAGGCUUCCUGCUCAAGUGCAGAGGAAAAAACAACUCCAUUCAGCACAUUUUUCUAACUUAAUUUUAAAAUGUUUUUGUUGGGUUAAGGAACAAUUGAGAAAAUUUAGAAAUGCAAACUGAGUCUUUUGACAUAUUCCCAGUUUAAAAGUUCUACAAACAUGUUUGUUUUCUCAUUAAUUAAAAACUUUUUCUAAAUUUAGUUCAUCUUUUUUUAAAAAAAACCUAAAUCAAUUUAGGAAGGUUCUAUCAGCCAGUUUACAGAUGGAAGUGUUUCUGCAGAUAGACUUUAACAUUGGCCAGUGCUCGCUCUUUUAAGGAUCUUGGAUCCUUCUCUUGGAGUUGGAUGAACACAUAACUGCACGUUAUCUGAAUGCUAUCCUGUGUCCCAUUUAUAACAACCAUCUUACCAUUGAUGUUUAUGGAAAAUACACUUUUUAUCAAGCUCUCAGAUUUGAGUAGAGUGGAGCAGAGCUAGAGGGAAGACUGGUCCUGUGAUUUUAUUGGCACGGAAAGCUCCUGUUAGACAUUUCUUCUAACAUACAGGUCAAGACCUUCUCCGCCAUUUAUAAUCUCCGAGAGUUGCCUACAGCAUUGAGAGGGCAAGUGACCUAAUCCAAACAUGAAAUCCCAGGUAACUGUAUAAAUCCCGGUAAUGGCUGAUGAAAUUAAAAGUAGCUUUUUCAUUAGCUUGAGAGCCUACUCCUGAAAACAUCGACUUCAGAAAUUAAUUUGGUAUUCCCAGUAUUCAGUUAUGAGCUAUGUUUUAGGUCAUUAAAAUGGUCUACAGUGACCUUUAUUAUAUGGUGACAGUUUUGUAUGCAUUUUCUUUUCAUCAUACUUGGAGUCUGAGGUAAUUUUCUGAAGUCUUUUCAAGCCCUAUUUCCAUAAUUGAAAAAUUGUGAAGCUGAAUCAACAGAGAGAGAGAAUAUAAACUAACCUAUAAUAAAGGGAUUUUUCUUUUUAUAAGUCUUAUCUUCACAACUUGUAACCAAGCUUAAAUACAAGAAUUUACUUCAUUUUCCAUCUUACAUGACAACAUUUUGCCAAUUCAUGGUUGAGGCAUGAUUAUCAAUUUAUUUCUUUUUUGUUGUUUUUUUUUGUUUUGUUUUUUGGUGUUAAAAAACCUUUAACUGGCCCAAUUGUUCUGUAUCAGGCUUUUCAUGUUCUUUGUUUCUCUUUGGAAUCAAAUUAUAUUUCACACUACUCUUUCAUUUAACUUUGAAUUUUAUUGAUCAAUUAAUUUUUAAUUUUUACUUUUUGGUCCAAAAAAACCUGUAAAUGGCCCAGUUGUUCUGUACCAAGCUUUUCGUGUUCUUUGUUUUUUCCUUGGAAUCAAAAAUCAUAUUUUUUCACUACUCUUUCAUUUUAAUUUGAGUUUUAAAAGGCAAUUAGCCUAGUUUAUAUUAGGUCAUUUGUAAAUAGAGCAAGAGAAUCACCAGCACAGUUAAAUCUUAAUCAUUUGCAUGUUUUAUUUUCUUUUGUUUUUAUUCUUCUUUACUUUCUUGAAAUCUUAGAUUUUGCAAAUUAGGUUCCUUCCUGUGGUUCCUCUAGGAAAUUUAAAUUUGGAGGAGGGACAGUCACACAUCCACAUCAGCAUUUCUAGGUAACAAUCUGUACUGGAUAAAAUUACAGAAAAGUUGCCAAUAUUCAAUAUCUCAGUGACACACCAAGAUUGACUUUAUUUUUUAAAAAUUAUUUAGCUCUUCCUUUAUGGUGAAGAUUAAAUUGUAAUCUCCUGAUUGUAACAGUUAUUGUUACAAUCAAGAGAUAGCUAAAUCCAAUCUUCACACCUUCUAUCUUUGAAUUGAUUCUAAAUAUCCAUUCCAAUGCGGAAGAGCAGUAAGGGUCAUUGCCUUAAGUGACUUGCCCAAGAUUCUGCAGCUGGGAAGUAUCUGAGGCCAGAUUUUGAAAUGAGGUCCUCCUGAUUCCAAGCCUGGCUCAAUCCACCGAGCCACCCAGUUGCCCUCAAGAUUAACUUUAUCUUUUGUUUUGUUUUUUUAAAUGGUACCACCCAUAUAAUUAAAAUCCAGCUUUUAAAAUAGUACUUUAAAAAAUUCAUCUUAAUAAUCAUAUAUAUUUUGAAUUAUUGCCAUAAACCAUUGUAGUUUCUUUGCAUUGUAUAAAGUGGAGUGAUGUCACUAUUGACAUUUUUUGUAUGUGUCUAGGCACUCUUACAUGUUUAUGUUGGGUUUUGCUGCUAUAACCACGGAUUGUAGUUAAACUGGAAAACUGUGCCAAUUAACGCUAGUGGGUAUGAUUUCCUAAACAGUGCAUUUUGAGCCAAUCUGUAGUGCCUUCUGCCGAAGGAAACACUGUGGUAACAGGAGGUGCCAAACUUUAAAUAUCCUGUUCCACAGAGAUGAGCCCACAUCAGGUGAAAGGAUUUUGAACAAUUUUCUUUCUUAUCUUUUUCAUUUUUUUCUCAAUAUCUUAAAGGGAAAAGACUGCAAAAUCAUAAUAAUAAUAAUAGCCAAAUAUUCUUCCAAACUCUAAAAAAAGGUUUUUCUUCUCAGUCUAGUUUUCUUAAAAUUGGACACCUUGUACAAGGAAGUUGAUCCAGUUCAUAAAAGCAAUGUAUUGUUUCCUACACCUUGGUUGUUGAGAUGGAAUGAUCUGGCAGAGUAUCUUAAGAUACAUAUGUUAUUGUUAAAUAUUAUUACUUUAUUGUCAUAAUUUAAGGAGGUCUAGUGGAUUUUGUUUUAGUUGGAAAAUAUUUAUGAUUUUAGUUAAAAGUCUUCUUGAAAUAUGGAAGCUCUCAAACAUGAGAAGUUUUUAUUCAGUAAAAAAACAGCAUUUUUUCCCUCUAUUCUAUAUAGGGUUGUUCCAUUAUGACUUGAGAUUUUUGAUGCCAUCUCCUAGCAUAAUUCUUUUUAAGUAGUUUCAAGGAAACACUGAACUGGAGAUGGGGCUGUUCAUGUUUAUCCAUUUUAAUUCUGCUAUAUUUGUAUGUCAGUUGAAAAUGGGACAGAAUUCCAGUCACACAUAAAGGAUUGUUGUUAUUUUUUUUAAUCCUUAUGUUCUGUCUUAGAAUUGAUACCAAGUAUCAGUUUCAAGGCAGAAGAGCAGUAGUAGAUACGUAGUUCCAGUUAAAUGACUUGCCCAGGAUCAUAGAGCUAAGAAGUAUCCAAGAUCAGAUUUGAACUGAGGACCUCCCAUCUCCACACCAUCCACUGAGAUAACUAGUUGCCCCUACACAGAGGGUUUAAAAACUUUUUAUAUGAUAAUGAAAAAACACACUGUAGUCAAAUCUGAUUAGUAGGAAAAGAUAUUUAGAUUGGAAGGAGCCUUUAAAAAAAUAGACACCCAGAAUUCACAAGAAGAAUCUCCUUAUGCUUUGUACACAAACAUCUAUAGCAUUUUAGGGUCUGAAAAGUGCUUUAUAAAUAUUUCAUUUUAUCCUCAUAGCAAUUCUUUGAGGUAGUUGUUAUUAUUAUCCCCAUUUUAUAGGUGAGAAAACUGAGGCAAAUAGGUGAAAUGGCUUGUUCAAAGGUCACACAGAUACUGAUUGAGGCAGGAUUUAAAUUUAGAUCUUACCAAACCCCAAAUAGAGAACAAUAUCCACCACUGCCCAGGGGUUCAAAGGGGGUUGGAGGUACAGUUUCCCUUUAAGAAAAUUCUGAUAUCAAGAAACCGAUCAUGGUUUUGAUGUAUUAGAGCCCUUCGUUGUGCCCCUUGCCAACUACUCGGCAGCAUCCUAUGCUAUGUAUGGAGAUUUUGCUAGUGACAUUGUUGAUUUGGUUCCUAGUAUAUGAAAGCAAGUUCUAGCAAGACUCUUCCUUCUCCUCGCAGGAUGGAGGGUGAGCCAAAACCUAAUUAUACCCUUUUUUUUUUCUCCCAAGGAUACUGCCAACGUUUAACACUCAAUGAGGCAGAUAAAGCAUCAAAUAAAAGAAUAAAAAUUCUUUCGGUACUAUUUCUGCAGGCAGCUAUCUCCUGCCAUUUGGCCUUAGUGUCAGAUAAAAACUGAAGAUUUAUUUUUCCAAGUGGGAGUUUCACGCAAAAUGUUUCCUCCAGAGAUUCUUUGUCGUUCGAAUUCCUUUGUUUUGUGGUCGACUAGAUACCAGGUUUGUGGUCUAGGCUAGUCCUGCUAAGAAGAGAGUCUUCUUAAUAGUGUGUUAGAUUUACCCAGAAACCUGUUAUUAGUAUAUUUCAUGCCUCCUUCCCUGCUUUGAUUUCUUGUAGAUUUAAGCAUGUCCCCACAGCCCUUUUAAGGCUCGGAAAAAAUGUAAACAAGUUUCCUAUCUAUACAUAUGUAUUGUGCAUACAUAAACACACAUAUAUGUACAAAUGUAUGUAAAUACACUCUGAAAUUUAUGUGUGUAUACAAAUAUAUACAUGUAUGUGCUAUCUACACGCAUAAACACCACUGGAUACCAUUUGUCCAGCCUUUGAUUCCCUAAAUUUAAAGAGCUAAACUUCUGUUUUUCAUUGCUGAAGCUAGCCAUAGAUUUUCCAAAUUAGCUCCACCAUGAGCUCCUGUCAUAUUUCUCAUGGAUGCUAACCUGAAAAUGUUUGUUAACUCGUAAGCACCUGAAGCCUAGUGGCAGGAAACAUACUGCAACAUUUCAAGUGUUACAAGAUGCUAUGUAGUAUGACUAUCAUGUUUCAUUUAACAUGAGGGCUUUUAGGGGAUUGGGGCAGUCCAUCGUCAGUAUGAUUUCAAGGCUCCAUUGUAUUUCUUUAUGGUCUUUCAGUCUUCAGAGUUUCGCCAGUAAAAGUCUAAGAUGAUAUUAAUUUAAUUAAAAAAUAAAAGGAAUUAUAAUAUAUACAAUUGAUAUAAAAAUACUUUUUAAUUUUUAAUUUUGAAAUUUUUGAAAGAGGAACCCAUUAAAUGUACAAUAGGAACAGAGUCUCAACCUGUCAUAGGUUAGGGAACUCCAACUGUCCAUGUAGGUCAGUAUUGUCUACAAUUUGGAAUAUUCAAAAUAUGUCUAGAUCAGUGGUGUCAAAAUCUUGGCCCCCCAAAACGACAAAAUAUGGUCUGAACCAGAUUAAAAUGUAAUUGGGGAUAGGAGCAGCGAGGUAGCUUAGUCAGUCAGGUGAUGGAGGGGCAGAAAUGGGAGGUCCUGGGUUCAAAUAUGACCUCAGACACUUCUUAGAUGCAUGACCCUGGGCAAAUCACUUAGCCCCCCCUGUCUAGCCCUUAACUCUCUUCUGCCUUGGAACCAAAACAUAGUGUUGAUUUUAAGACAGAAAGUAAGGGUUGUUUUGUUUUGUUUUGUUAGUGUAACUGGGAAUUGUAAAAAUAAAUACCACACAGCAUAUGUAAUAUUAAUUUGUUUUUUUCUCCCUGAUUUGAUCCGUGGCUUACAGGGAUCUAUUUCUAUUUGAAUUUGAUACCCCUGGUCUAGAACACUAAGAGGGAAGUGUCUGGCCAAGGUACCCAGCCAUGCAUCAAAGGGAGGACUCAAACUUAGAUUUGCCUGAGUUAGAGGCUGGCUCCAUACACGAGACCACAUUGCCUUUCUUCUAGCCACUUACUAAUUAUAAUUUUCCAUUAAAUUAAUAUUAGUGAAAAAGGCAUAGAUCUUAAAAACAUUUUGUUAUUUUUCUAUAAAUUGGCAUUUACCCAUCUUCCUCUGGGAACUUUAUUCUGCUAUCUGGCCAAGGGCCAGGAUGUUUUUUUUUAAUGAUUUAAUGAAGUCAGGAUGGGAGACACACACACACACACACACACACACACACACACACACACACACACAUAGACACAUACACACAGAGGCAUUAUGUUAUAUAGUGUGUUCCUGUUUCACUUCCAUUUUUUAAAGAGUAAUUUUUUGUGGGGAAAUGCUGCUAUGAUUACUGUAUGUAAAAGAAAUAGGAGAACAUUAGAACUAAAAUGGAAGAGAAAUGGAGAGCAAGAGGUUAAAUAUAAUCAGAGAUGUCAUUGUAUCACUUUUUCAUUUAUCUGUCAGUUGAUUUUUUUUUGGAUCAUCUGACUAAAGGUUUUGGUGUUGAUAAAAGAAUAUCAUUGGAUUCAUCUUCAUUUUACUGUUCACAGCCCUUUUACGUUAAAAAUCUGUUCUUCACCUUUCAAUUAUUUAGCUCAUUGUUUCCUUCCUCAUGUCUGUGAGUUUGUAUAUGUGUAUUUUAAAUAAAAGUUCUGCUGCACAAUUGUUUGAUUUCAAUGUAUUUAUAUUGACUACUAUUGUAGUGUGACUUUUUAUUGUUUUUAGAUAUUUGUAUUAGUACAGCCUUAAACUUCUAGAAUUAAGGGCAUCGUCAAAAAAUAAUCAGCUGAUAAAGUCAUUAUUGUCUCUGUGAUGAGUGCAUGCAUUAUUCACAGUAUUUUGUCUGUAUUUAGUUAUAAUGACCAAUCAUUUAUUUAAUAAAUAGCUUCCUGCAAAA